ACAAUUCAAUAUGUACAAGGUAAACAAGCUGAGGUAGAAACUAUGAAAUAAUUGAAAUGUGCAGGAUUUUAGACUACUGAAGCAUUUCAAAUGAAACAGGGUCACUCGAUAUAACUUACAGUAACAUAUAAAGAAAGUUUUAAAAGUGAAGUAAAAGUCUAAUGAGUGACAGUGGCGGAGGGGUGAGGUGGCCGUGGCCACCUCACGCUGAACCCUGGCCACCCUGGCCUGACUCAGGUGUGCCGAACCUUAUUUGGCACUGCCACGGCACUACCGGGGACUUUAGAUGCGCGCACAUCCUGUCUGAACCCCCCUCUGUCCCCACAGCCAGGGUGAGACCGGCUGCUGGGAGUUUAUACAGUCUGUGACAGAGCGGACAGACAUCGGCUACCCGCCUCCGCAGCUCCGACAGUGCAUCACCCUCCGACCCUCCAGCGAGGUGGUGGGUGAGGCGCUCCCAGCUGCUGGAGGCGGGGACCGAGAGGCGCAGCGGGUGGUCGGGCCGCUGCAUGCCUGAGUCGAUUCAGAGGAUUUUCUGAAUCGAUAUUGAAUUGGGAAAGAAUAUAUUGCAAUGCACUGGUGAAUCAAUAUUUUUACCCACCUCUACUAUUGGAUAUGUGCAGGUGAUUGUAACUUAACAUCCAAUGUGUGCUGUGUGACUGACUGGUGUGUCUCUACCUGCCACAGAGUUAAAAUGUGACUGAGCAUGUCAGGGUUCCUUCUCUGCCAGCUGAAGCAGCCUGGUCAGAGGGUUUUCAUACAGAGUUCACAUGCUUCUCUGUGUCAUUUUAAGUGGAGGACCAAUAAUUAUUAGUUUUAUUCUAACAGCAUUCCAGACCAUCAACAAAAUAUAACAACAUAUACAACUGUUGUGUGCAUUUGUACAGUAGCCCUUAAACCUUGUAUGCGUAUGACUGGAAUCAAAUCUCAGUUUGUUCCUUGUUAGAUCCUUUUGUUGGCCCAUUCAUAUGUGUGUGUAGCUUGAACAGGCUGUAAUAAAACAAACUGUUGUUGAGAUGAUGUCUGUGUAUUCCUGAUACACUGAGAGAAUGAGCUCAUAGUGAUCUGAGCAGCUGAACAUCUCCCAAGCACAGUAAGUUGUGUUGUCUGUAUAUUGUGCUACAUUUGUAUAGUGUAAUCAUCUAAGUUAGAUAUACUGACUGUUAUUUGAUCUUUUGCACCUUUACAUGCAUUCCAAAUAUUGUGGAGGUGUGUGGUUUAGGUCCCCUAAAUACCUUUAUAUUUCACUGCCACCCCAGAAUAAUCACAUAACCAUCCUGGCCACCCCACAGAAGAUUUCCUGGCUCCCCCACUGAGUGAAUGUUUUUAUGUGAAGAGACAAAUUUAGAAUCUCUCUCUUUUGGAUUUAAAGUUCUUCACACAACUGAAUCAGAAUCAGAAAUACUUUAAUAAUCCCAGGGGGAAAUUAUGUUUGUUACAGCUCCAGAUAUACAAAUAACAUAUAUUAUAUGUUAUAUAAGCAACAUCUAUUAAGAGCAAAAUAUAAAUAUAAAUAUAAACAUAAAUAUGAAUGAAAAUAAAAAAUAUAUAUAGCCAUAUAUAUACAUAUACAUACACAUACAUACAUAAAAGAUCAAAUAUACAGUUAAAUAAUGUGUAAGAAGUACAAAAAAGAAAUGACUGUCCAUGUUUGAGUCUGGUUACAGAAAGAGGGGUGUCUGACUCUCUCAGAGAGGCUUUAUAAAGUUUAAUGACCACAGACAGGAAUGAUUUCCUGUGGCGCUCAGUGGUGCAUCUGGGUGAGAGGAGUCUUCUGCUGAAUGUCAUCUGCUGGGCCAGUGUGUCGUAAAGAGGGUGUGUGACAUUAUCCAAGAUGGACUGAAGCUUGGACAGCAUCCUCCUCUCGUGUCCAGGUCCUUUUUGUAGACAGCCUCGGUAUUUCUUGUCCAGUCCAGCUUAUUAUUAAAGUACACUCCCAGAUAUUUAUAUUCCUCAACAGUGUCCACAGGGACCCCCUGGAUGGAAACAGGGUUGUUUUCACCCUCCUCAGAUCCACUAUGAGCUCCUUUGUUCUGUAGGCGUACGUACUGUGGUCUGCCCAUCAGGUAAUCAACAAUCCAGGACACGAUGAGGGCAUCAACCUGCAUGGCAGCCAUCUUCACACCCAGUAGAGCUGCACGGAUGGUGUUGAAAGCACUGGAGAAGUCAAAGAACAUGACUCUCACAGUGCUCGCCGGCUUGUCCAGAUGAGUGUAGACUCUGUUCAGCAGGUAGAUGAUGCCGUCCUCAACUCCCAGGUGGGGCUAUCAGGUGAACUGUAGUUGAUCAGUGAAGGGUCUGACCAUAGGCCUUAGCUGCUCCACGACAAGCCUCUCCGGGGUCUUCAUGAUGUGAGAUGUCAGGGCCACCGGCCUGUUGUCCUGAGGGCUGCUGGGAUGCGGCGUCUUUGGCACAGGAAGGAGGCAGGACGUCUUCCACGGCACAGGGACCCUCUGGAGGUGCAGGCUCAGGUUGAAAGUUGACAAAGUACUCCACUCAGCUGGGGGGCACAGGCUUUAAGCACCCUGAGAAGAACACCGUCGAGACCUGCAGCUUUGCCGGAGUGGAGUCUCAUCAGCUGUCUUCUCACCAGAAACAGACUGUACAGCACGUUCCACCGACUCUGCACAGAAAAGUAGAACAAACAUUUUGAUUGAGGGAAACUUCUUCAAAAUGGCAUCAACAGAAGAAAAAGGGAACAGCAUGGAACAUCCACCUACAAUCACUCAUCCACCACCUGUAUCUGCAACAGAGACACCAACACCAGACGUCACCAUGGCAACAGGGAAAACAAAAGGCUCAGUGAAAUACGAGGACAUCAUCUCUAAGAGUCGUCUUGUCCGUUCAGGAUCUCCUGCUGUCUACCAGCUGAGACCAAAGAAAGAGGAGAUUGGAUCUCUAAGAAGAAUGACUCUUGGUGAAAAAGAUCUGAACAAGACAAACAGAACCAUCUUACUUGUUGGAGAAACAGGAACAGGAAAAUCUGCUCUGAUCAACACUCUGGUCAACUACACCAUGGGAGUGAAGUGGGAGGAUGAUGUCUGGUUUCAGAUUGUAGAGGAGGAGAAGAGAAACCAAUCAGAGAGUCAGACAUCAGAUGUGUUUGUGUACCAGAUCUUUGGAUUUGAAGGUAAAACUCUGCCCUACUCUCUGACCAUCAUCGACACUCCUGGAUACGGAGAUACCAGAGGGACUGAACAUGAUGCUGCAGUCAGUGAGAGAUUAUUAGACUGGUUCCGCUCAGAUGAUGGAGUUCAUGAGAUUAAUGCAGUGGGUCUGGUGCUGAAAGCAACUGAGAAUCGACUGGAUGAUCGACUGAUGUACAUCUUUGAUUCAGUGGUGUCUCUGUUUGGUAAAGACAUGGAGCAGAACAUCGUCGCCCUCAUCACACACUCAAGUGGUACGACGUAUAAAAACGCUCUGAAAGCUCUCGAGGCUGCAAACAUUAAAUGUGCCAAAGACGAAAAUAAUCAGCUGGUUCACUUCCUGUUUGAUAACUGCCAGCAUGAAGACAGGACAGAGGACACAGAAGAGCUUCAACAUGCAUUUACAAAAACAACUAAAGGACUGAAGAAGUUCACAGAGUUUCUGCACAAAACAAGAUCACAAAAGCUGAAAACAACUGUGGAGGUUCUGAAGUCACGAAUCAGACUGACAGCCUGCAUCCAAAACCUGAAAGAGAGGAUUCAGUUAACUGAACUAAAACAGAGAGAAAUCCAACAGACCCAGGAAGCUCUGAAGAAACAUGAAGAAGAGAUGAAGAAAGAUGAGGAGUUCACUGUAGAAGUUGAUGAGGCCUACAAAGAGAAACUAGCUAUCAAAGCUGGGAGGAGGUGGUGGUUGUUGUUUUCUAAUGGAGCGACCUGCUGUACAGUCUGUGAGGAGAACUGUCACUAUCCAUGCACACUGGCCUGGUAUCCAAAACACUGUGAGGUCAUGAAAGAUGGCCGCUGCACUUCAUGUACCAGGAAGUGUCCUGUGUCAGAUCAUGUGAAAGAAGACUGGAUCUAUGUGACCAAGGCAAGAAGAGUUAAAAAGACCCUGCAAGAUCUGAAAGGGACGUAUGAAAAGCAGAAAUCAGAGUGUGACAAGAAAACAAGUCUUUUGGAAAAACUACAGGAGGAAAUGAAAGAACUUGAGAAAGAUAAAGAUCAGAUGUUCGAUAAAUUCUUCCAGCAUGUUGUCAAUCUGGAGCAGAUCGCUCUGAAAGUUGAUUCACUGUCCACUCUGGUCCACUUGGACUUCCUGAUUGAGAAGAUGAAGGAGAAAAGAGACACAGAGAAGAUCCAGAAACUGGAGGAGAUGAAGAGACAAAUGGAGGAAGAUAAAGGAUUAGUAGCAGCGCUGCAGUACGGCUUUAAUAAACUAACAUCAGCAUUUAAAGGAGCAAAAACUAAGUGAAGAUGUCAGAGAGCAGACAGUGUAGAAAACAUGUUCACACAGUUGAUAUAAAUGUUGAAACAUGACAACAUGUUGUUGAGUGUGUUUGUAUAAAGUGUUGAUGUGAUAACUUCAUCAGAACAUUGAAAUGUGAUCACCACAGCUAACAGCUCUGCAUUAAAUGGAGUGAGGACGCCCCCUGGUGUUUCAUGCUGAAUACAACAGCUCCCUCCUCUAUAUCACACAUUUAACACAAAGUCACAUCCUGCUGUAGAAACACACAUUAUUUGUGCUGACAUUGCUGUUACAAUCAUGUUUCUCUCCAAUAUAAUCAGGCUUCUGCUCACAUGUUUCUGCUCCUGCUGGUCUGAAUAGAUGUGUCUUAUAUAUCCACCAUGAUAUUAUAAUGUUGAAGUUGUUGUGAAACUAAAUAGAAGUAAAGUGAUGAUAAAGGAGUUCAGCCUGGAGGGGUUAAAGCUCUUCCUGUGUGUUGUGACUGUUUCUCUCUUUGUGUGAGUUGAAUGUUUUUAAGGUUGAUCUGAUGUGUUUUUCUGUGAUUUAUUGUGAUGUUACUCUGAUGUUGACACAAGUGUCAGUAACACAUCACUGACAUACUUCUGCUCAUAUAAAGCAGUUAAACAUGAUGUUUGUCAUGUUCAUCACUGUACAGAGGACUCUGAGUCUGGAGGGUUUCUGAAGAGUCAUGUGAUCUACUGUACUUUGAUCUGAUUGGUUCUCUGGUUCCUUCAUGUGUCUUCAUGCUUGUAGAAUAUCUCAGAUGACUCAGUCCACGUGGAAACAUGUUGAUCCAUAUUUUUAGUGAUUGUAAUAUAUUGUGUUAUUCCACAUGAAGUCAUGUCCUGACUGAUGCAGCGUUCAGUGAAUCAGUAAU